CCAUCACAGCUCCUUGUAAAAAUUUGUUUCAGCUUCCAUUAAAAACUUUUCGUAUGGAAACCGAACCGGUCUAAUGUGCGUACAUACAUCUGUAUGUUUUUAUCAUGGUUUGUAUGUAUGUACAUGUCAACAAAUAAUACUCAUUCAAAAUUUGUUUGAGAAAAAAAUCCAAUAGCUGACAUAGCAACGAGAAUUUCACACUCUGUAAUGUUUACAAGGGAAUAACACUUAGCUCAAAAUAUCCAAAGCAACACGUUUCAAUUUCAGUCGACCCCGAAAAUCAAAAAACCAAAAAGUAUUAUUCAAUUUUUACUUUCCAACUGAACCGGUUUUAGCUAGCGGUAUAUUUCACAUUUUUAUUUUGAAGAGGUUUUUUGAAUCAACGCCACUAUGAAUAACGAACAAACCUCCGAUGAGACCGCACCGGAAACGCAACCGACAUUUGGCGACGAUUUCGUUCCCGAACCCAAGUCGGAAUCUGUAAAAGAACACGGCCAUGAUGGGCUUUCCGAAUGCGAAUUUGCAGCUAUGACAGAGGCGCCAGCUCCACCUGAGCCGAAACCUAUACGCUUGGCGCUUUUGCCACCGGACCAUCCGCUCUUGGCAAAGUUCCAGGCAAACUUGAAGGAGUAUCUUUUGCGCACGAAGGAGCAGUUGAAGAGUGAGAUUGCCGAAAUCAAAUAUCAACUCAAGUUAAAAGAAGCGACACGCGAAGAGCAGGGAGCGAAGCUAUACGACUUGCAGCAAGGCAUUAAGCGACAAAACGAACAGCUCGAUGAAUAUGGACAAGAGAUACAAACAAAUAUGGAGAAGCGUGUUGAAAUGGAGGGUGUCGUUGCCAAACUCAAAGAGGAGUUCGAGGAACGUUUUCAAGUGAAUAAGAAUCAAAAGCAGAAGUAUAAUAAACGUAUGGUCGAAUUGGAGAACUUAAACACUUUAGAGGGACACAUACGCAAUUGGGCCGAUGAGGUGGAGGACGAAGUGAAGAAUGCCAAGCGUAUCGUUGAUCGUGAUACCCAGCUGCAAAAGCAACUAAGCGAGGAUAAGAAAAAAUCUGACAUGCUAUUCUACCACCUGGAUAUGGAAGUGAAGAAGAAGGAACAUCAGAUCGAGAUAAUGCGCAGUGAGGUGCAAGAUAUGCGUGAAAUAACCGAUGCGCUGAAGAUGAGCAUUAAUGAUGCAAACACCGACUUGGAGGUGCUACAAACCGAGCACAAACGCUUGACUCUGGCGUGGAGCGAGGUGAUUGUGGCCAUACAACAUCGCGAUAAAAUACUCUAUCAAGCGCAACAAGCAAUGGGCAAAGAACAAGAGUCCAUGAAACUUAACACCAGAAGCAUUGAGGCCAUCAAAAAGCAAAUAGCAAAGGAAACAAAACUAAAUGAAAAAUUAGAGGUUUUUAAAUCACGUCUUCUAGCCGAUUGUGGUAAUAUUAAGCGCGAAUGUCAAAAGCAAUCCGACACGCUUCUUGCUCUACAAACGAAACUCGAAGAACUUCCGCUUUGGUUGGAGCAAAAUGAGAAAGAUUUAACCGAAGCUAAUCGCGAAGGCACUAAUUUAGAAACUGAAUUACGCAGAUUACAAUUGAAAUGUGAUAAAAUGAAUGCCAGAAAGUAUCAGCUGGAGGAGAAUAUGCUGAAGCUGGCGCAAGAAGGUUUGAUUACGGAUAAAGCCAGUCAAUAUCGCUUGAAAUUGUUUCGCGAAGCACAGGAAACACGCAGAGCCACCGAAUUAAACUUGGCUAUAGUGCAAAGCCAACUCUCGGAAAUACUGCUGGAUAUAGAACGUUACCGGGGUAUAUUGAUUCGUUUGAAUCAGGAGCAAGAAGAACUGCAAAAGCGUUUGGAUAUAGCUGAACACAACGCGGAACUAAUUUCGGCCGAGACGCGUAACAUGGAAACACAAAUCGAUUUGAAACUAAAGAAGGUCGAUCGUUUGUCGAGUCGUGUUGCCUAUCUGUCUGGUAUUGGCGAAGACGAGGGAUUAAAUGCAACGCGAAAGAAGAUUAAAUUGCUAGAGAAAGCCAUAUCAUCCAUGGAACAGCAAAUACGUGAAUUACAACAAUUUUGGCUGAUGAUGCAGAAUCACUAUGUUAAUUUGUCCGAGAAGCGAAAUAAUCAGCUAAAUGAAAUGCAGGUUACCCAAAAACAGCUCGGUAUUGUAAAGCAAAAGUCGCUGAAGAUCGAUGUAGAUCUAGAAAAGCAAGAGGAAGCUACAAAAGAACUGGAGCGUGACAUAGAAAUAUUCUUAACGAAAUUGGAGAUAUUGAAUAAAAAAAUAAGUAAGGCGCGCCAGCAGCAUGAUACCGAGGAAAAUGAAUGCCAAUUGGAGCACACGGAGCUAGUACUCAAAUUAAAGGACCACGAAAUGAAUGUUUUGAAUAUGGAAGCCGAAAUUGAUGAGCUGCAGGAUGAGAUCGAGCAUUAUAAAGACUUGGUAUUGGAUAAACAUCGCGAAUCACUCUCGUGGGAGACCAAAUAUAAGCUCAUAGAGGAGACGCUGCGUUGGCGCAAGGAUGAAACGAAUCUCACCAGCGAAAUCGGUAAUAUGAAAUCGGAGAUACAUCGCAUGCGUAUACGUUUUCAACAGCUGAUGCGCGCUCAAGAGAAGCUUGCACAAGAUUUGCAACAUGGUGUGGCACAUCGUGAGCACAUCUAUGUUGCCGCCUCGGCAAAGAAGUUGGCCGAGGUGAAAGCACAACGCAUGAAAACUGGUAUUUCAUCCGAGCAGAAAGUCAUCGAUUUGCGUAAUCGUUUGAAGAAGAUACAAAAUGAGAUAAGCAUCAUUAACGAUCAGCAACUUGUAAAGGUUACUCGCGAAAACGAACGCAUACGCGCCGAUCUAAAUCGUUUAUACAACAAUAUUGAAGGUGAAAAGGCAAACGACGAAGAGUAUCGCCAGAAGAUUGAUGAGUGCAUGUUGUUGAAACAUUACAAUUUAGAGCGCAUUGUACGCAAACAAAAUCGGGCAAAGUCCUAUAGGCGUUUGGGUGUGGGAACUGUAACACCGAAAAUGCGUUCCGAUUCAACGAUAGGACAACUGGUACAAAAGCAAAUGGAAAUCAAUGAUAAUCUCUUGGACGUAGUGCAGAUUUUGACCAAUGACUUUGCAGAAAAGAAAAAAUUCUUUGCAAAAAUUAUCCAAGUUCUAAGAGACUAAGAGGUAUAU